GAGAGAGAGAGAGAGGCAGAGUGGACUGACUUGUGUGCUUCAGUUUAUAGGCACACCACGCCACAACACCGAUCUCUUCUUUAACGGUUACUUUUGUGUUCUGAGAAAGAAAAAAGAAAAUAGAAAAUAAAAAUAGAGCCUCUCUGAUCAGUGAGUGAUUGGAGAGUUUGGUUCACCCUUGCUGUGCUCUGCUCAGAUGGAUUACAACAAUGACCCUGGUGCUAGGGAGCCGUGGGAUUGGCAUGGGAAGAAUAUUAGUCUCGGAAAGACGGCCGAUUUUGAAAUUUCGGAAGAGCUGUGGAAUGAUGUCCCUCAAAAUGAAGAAGAUCUUUCAUACAUGUUAGAUGAUGAAACAACCCCAGUUAAGGCUUGUGGUGAUUUGGCAUAUAAUGUCAGUAAUGCUGAUCCAAAGGAACCGGAGGAAUGUAGGGAGACUUAUUCGCAAGCCAAGAGGCGGCGGAUGCUACAGUUCAACAGCCAAGAUAGCGAUCAAUCUCUAUCCAAUGAAGAGAUGUCUUUGUCAUAUUUAAAAAAUGGGAAGGAAGACCCAGUUAAGGAGAUUUUUCCAGAGGUGUCGCAAUGGGUAUCGGGUGCAUCAGAUUACACUAUAGGAAAUGCAUCUGCAUCUGAUUAUGUGGACCUUGAAUCAACUGAAACAUGGCUUGCGGAUUACUUUAAUGAUGCUGUGAUGGAUUUCAGUCCUGAGGAAUUGAAUUUUUCAGUGGCAGACGGUGUUCAAAUUGAUGAUGGUACAGAGGUUAGUGCCAUCACACCAUCACAUGAACAAAAUGUGGUUCAACAAACGCAUGUCCCUCGAACCACUUGUAAUAUUAUCUUCAAAGGUAGGAAAUCUUUUAUACAUAUGCCGACGAAGUUGGCUUCUUCUGUGGCCUAUCCAUUUGCCUUCAUUAAACCAAGUGGUGCUCAUGGAGAUGUAACUCUGAAGGAAAUAAAUCAGCGCAUUCAAACACCAUCUCCUUCGAAAUCAAACCAAAGCAUUGAUGAUGAUCCAUCUGCUUACCCCAAGUCAGCCUUCUCUGGGAAGCCUGUGGUUGGUAAAACAAAAAUUCGCACUGAAGGUGGAAAAGGUAGCAUAACAAUUACCAGAACUAAAGGUUAGGCGUAAAUUGUUGACUACUAACCUUUGGUCUCACCCAUAUUUAAUGUGGGAUUGACUUCAUUUUCUGUAAUAUAUAUCUGGCAGAUAUAGAAGUUGAUACUGCAAUUUUUUGCUCUUGUUGACAUGCAUAUAUUACACCGCCUUAGUGUUUCUUUCCAGUGGGGUCUAGAUAAUCUUUUUUGGGGGUACAUGAUUUUUGUUUUGAGCCAAGAAUGUAAUGAGAAUCAUAGUAUUUGUUUUGUUAGAUCCAUAGUAUUUGUUUUGAGCCACUAUUCGUCGGCUCUAAAACUGACAAACAAUUUCACUAAGCUUUGUAAUUGAAGUAUACAGGUUAUUUUAGUUUAGUGGCGUUGUUUAUUAUAACUUGUGCAAGAGGUUUUACUCUUUAA